AUGUCUGUUCCCGGAUCUACUCACUACGACGGUGUACGCGUAGCAGCGGCAGUCGGGAUCGUGACAUCUAGCAUUCUCUCCGGCGCAUUCCUCUCAAGCUCCUCAUCCGCCAUCCCCGCCCUCCUCACAACAUCCCACCCAUCAUCCACAUCAGCGACAUCCACAACCCCCCUCCCGCUCCUGCGCGCCUUCGCGCGCUUCUACGCCCGCGGCGAAACCGCCAUGCCGCCCCUCGCCGCGCUCUCAAGCGUCGCAUACGCGUACGCCGCGCUCAACGUCUCCAACGCCCGCUUCGUCACCAAGGGGUCGUUUGGCGCUGCACACCGCAGCUUCCUCUUCGCUGCCGCGUCCGUACUGACGAUCGGCGUGUUGCCGUAUACGUUCUUCGUUAUGCUCGGCGGUAUCGAGAAGCUCGUUAAAGGCAGUGAGGACGAGGUCGAGGCGAAGAGAGUUGGCGGGGAGAGGGCUGUGCGGGGUGUGGAGGCGUGGAGAGCGCAGAAUUGGGUGAGGGGCGUUAUGGGGGUUGUGGGGAGUGUGUGCGGGGUUUGGGCUUCGUUCGCGUAG